AUGGACAUGGAGAUGGAGCAGAGGAUGAUGGGGUGCCAGAUCCCGGCGUUCGGGGUGUGGAACUACUGCAGCGACCUGCCCAUCACGCAGUACUUCGACCUCGCCAUGCAGGCCAGGCUGCUCAAGCGCCACCGCCGCUGCUGCGACGCCGGUGGCGGUGAACGCCGCCUCGUGCUCUUCGGCGCGUCGCCGUCUCCACGCAAGCCGCCCCAGAUCAAGGUGAUAAGGAGGGAAGUCGGGGAGAAGCAGAGCGACGGCGGCGAGCUGCUGCGGGAGCUGGACGGCGGCAUGGGAGGGAGGGUGGCUUCUGACAGCGCGACCAAGCGCGUGGCUGCUGCCGGGGCCGUGGACGAGGACCUCUACAAGGUGCCACGGCCGCUCGUAUACCAAAAACCUCGAAAGACGAGGAAGGUGGUCUGGAGUUUGUGGAUUGGGUGCCUGGGGCUUGACUGCAUCGCCUAA